UGCUGUGUGCUUAAUAUAAAGCAAGUAUUUUCCUUCUCCGCUUCGGUCGUCAUUCCACUCACGCUCGAAGCUAUGCAACACCACCAACGUGACGGCAACACCAAUUACGAUACAACCAAUAACUAACUCUCCGUUGCCGGCUUGCAGGUGUGUGAACGCUCCAAACGGCAUGCGCAAGUUUUCUCUGCACAAGUAAGUAGUCGCAACAAGGUCAAUGUUCAGUUACGAACGGAGCGAGUGUGUGGCGUCUACCUUCCAUGGAGUGUUUAUCGAAGAUGACUGACCUACGUCAAUACACGAAGAAAUUUUUAAUCGAAUUCAUCGAAGUGUACAAAGCCCAUCCGGCCUUGUGGCAAAUACGAAACAGCGCCUAUAGGGACAAGGCAAAGAAGGCAGCAGCUUACGAACUUUUAGUAAACAAGUGUCGAGAAGUUGAACCCGACUGCGAUAAGGACACGAUUGUGAGAAAAAUCAAUUCAUUGCGAACUUGUUAUCGGAAGGAAUUUAAAAAGGUUCAGAGGUCCUUAAGGGCAGGAGCAGGGGAGGUGUACAAACCUAAACUGUGGUAUUACGAUCUACUUUCGUUUCUUAACGACGACCGAGAUGAUGAAACGCUCUCGUCGGGAGAUUCGUUUUAUUUCUUGGACGAGGAUGCUACUAAUGAUUUUUCUGGGGCACAAUCUGACCCAUUGACUUCUCACAGCGAAGCGCAAAGUGAAUCCGCUAGAAGUUCUCCAGCGUCGAUGUUUAUUCCGUCCAAUGCGUCCUCCCAGAAAAAGAAGCGCCGAAAGGAAGACCUGAGUGAAUCGUUCACGGAGCAACGCAUCGACGAAGAUGAAUUUGAUUUGUUGGGAAGGCUUUACGCCAACAAGCUGAGAAAAUUGGAAAGGGCUCAACGGAUUUAUGCCGAAAAAAUAAUUAACGAUGCUCUGUUCGAGGCCCAACUGGGUAGUCUGAAUCGCCAUUGUAGGCUAGUUACUGCAGAAUCUAGGAAUUACGAUAGGGAAAGUAUAGUUACUUGUAGGGAAGUUAAUAUGAAACCAGAAUAUCAGGAACCUGAAAUGGCUGACACAUCGUUCGUGGAUCCAUGAAAAGUAGACAUACGUAGCUCGUCAUCCAUGUGAUAAUACUAUUGGCUAAUAACUUUAAUGUUAAUAAAAUACUAAAACAAAA